UCAACACCUAGCCUGAAAGCCUGGACGCUUUCCCCCUCAGAUCUGUACAGCGCGGGUCGGGAGUUGGGACCGCUAAACAUCUCAGUCCGAAAGGGAAACGAGGAUUGGGAGACGCGAGGGAGAGAGAGAGAGAGAGAGGGAGAGAGGACAUGAACGGAAGGGAGGCAGAAAUCACAGAAAAGCGAAGCUGUGUGAAGGCGUAACGCUGUUUUUGGGCGUGCGUAAAGGCGCGAAGCAAAGUAACAUUAAACGGGUAAAUGUAGACGCUUGAUUCUUGUUUUCACUGGACAUGUAUCCGCGACCGCAGAGCGAUGUUUAGAUUGUGUUGUGGGAAGAGGGAGAUCCUGGCGUUGUGGACAGACUCUUGUGUGUAUUAUCUCCUCUUUUUUUCGCUCUGGAAAUUACUGGAAGUUCUUGUUUUUGACGUUUAACUUGUGAGGAAACGUUCAAUGCGAACGCGGUAGGUGACUCCGGACUUAGAUUUCAACAACUAAACAGACUUGAAACGCUGUUUUUUCCACAUUGUGUUGUAGGCUGUGUGGUGUGGUUCACUGAAAUGUGAGACUCUAGUGAAGUCGAUAGGCUACAUGACAAACCGCUGCAUCCAGCUGUUUUAUUUGCCACUGUUGUAACCCUUCAUUCACGCCCUUUGUAUUGGAUAUGUUGACAAAACUUUUUAAGAAUGAAGAAGGUUCCCGUAGCCCGUCUCUGUUUUCUGCUGCCGCCUGCUGAGCCUGAUUUGAUGAAACGCUGUGAUUAUUUGAGUCAUUCUCAAGCUUUCAUCAUUUCCAUGUUGAGAGGAGAGGAGAGCUGACAUGCGUCUGGGAUGGGGAUAUAGUGCGGUGACGUACAGCUAUUAACAUAAAGUUGUGAAACUGCUUGAUCACCGAGCCGAUAGUGAAUGAUUGAGACAUCCGGCGCUGGUAGGGAAGCGACCUUAGUGCCUGCGCCGUGAACCGCCGCUCUCAGCACCACUGUGAACCAGCUCGUGGACUCGGUUACUUUGCGAGGAGAGCCUCCGGGAGCCGCUAUGGAGGAGUGGAGACAAUGCGGGCGGUGGUUGAUAGACUGCAAGGUCCUGCCCCCGAACCACCGGGUCGUGUGGCCCUCGGCGGCCGUCUUCGACUUGGCACAGGCCCUGCGAGACGGGGUGCUCCUGUGCCAGAUGUUGCACAACCUCUCGCCGGGAUCAGUGGACCUGAAGGAGAUCAAUUUCAGACCCCAGAUGUCACAGUUCCUGUGUCUGAAGAACAUCCGGACGUUUCUCAAGGUUUGCCACGACAAGUUCGGCCUGCGCAACAGCGAGCUGUUCGACCCUUUUGACCUCUUCGACGUCAGGGACUUCGGCAAGGUAAUCUCCGCUCUGUCGAGGAUCUCCCACCACAGCAUUGCACAAAUCAAAGGCAUCAGGCCCUUCCCGUCGGAGGACACAGCUCUGAAUGAGGAUGAUGUGUACCGGAGCCUUGAGGAGCUGGCAGAUGAGCAUGACUUGGGUGAGGAUGACAUCUAUGACUGCGUGCCGUGUGAGGACGAUGGGGAUGACAUCUAUGAGGACAUCAUUAAGGUGGAAGUACGACAACCCAUGAAAAUGGGAAUGACAGAAGAUGACAAGAGAAACUGCUGCUUAGUGGAGAUCCAGGAGACUGAAGCAAAGUACUACAAGACUUUAGAGGACAUUGAGAAGAAUUACAUGAUCCCGUUGAAGCAAGUCUUAAGUCCACAGGAUAUGGAGGCUAUCUUUGUCAACCUGGAGGAUGUAAUCAAGGUCCACUUUGCCCUCCUGCGAGCCAUCGACCUGAACAUGGUCAGCGGAGGAAGUGGCCUGGGGAAGAUCUUCCUCGACUUCAAGGAAAGGUUGUUGAUCUACGGUCAGUACUGCAGUCACAUGGAAAACGCCCAGAAGACACUGGAUGAGCUAAUAGCAACACGUGAAGACGUCAAGAUUAAAGUAGAGGAAUGUACUAUGAAAGUGCAGGAAGGGAAGUUCAAGCUGCAGGAUCUUCUGGUGGUUCCCAUGCAGAGGGUGCUAAAGUAUCACCUACUACUGAAGGAACUUUUAAGUCACUCAACUGACCGGCCAGAAAGGCAACAACUCAAGGAGGCACUGGAGGCUAUGCAGGACCUGGCCAUGUACAUCAACGAAGUCAAGAGGGACAACGAGACGCUGAAGAAAAUCAGCGAAUUCCAAAGUUCUAUAGAAAACCUUCAGCAGGUGAAAUUGGAGGAGUACGGGAGGCCAAAGAUAGAUGGAGAGCUGAAGGUGUGCUCCAUCGUCAACCGAACAAAACAGGACCGGUAUAUAUUCCUGUUUGAUAAAGUGGUCAUUGUCUGCAAGAGGAAAGGCUAUAGCUAUGAGCUCAAAGAGAUUAUUGAACUGCAGUCAUAUAAAAUGUCGGACGACCCCAUGAACAACAGAGACAUGAAAAAGUCGAGUGGAAAAAUGUGGUCUUACGGCUUCUACCUGAUCCACCUGCAAGGGAAGCAGGGCUUCCAGUUCUUUUGUAAAACUGAGGAGACAAAGAGGAAGUGGAUGGAGCAGUUUGAAAUGGCCAUGUCCAAUAUCAAGCCAGAGAGAGCCACAGCCAAUCAGCAUAACUUCCAGAUGCACACGUUUGAUAAGAACACCAACUGUCGAGCCUGCAAGAUGCUCUUGAGGGGCAUCUUCUAUCAGGGCUACUACUGCUCCCGCUGUGGAACCGGAGCACACAAAGAGUGUCUGGAAGUCAUCACCAUCUGUAAAAUCAAUCCCCACGACUUGGAACCUGGAAUGUCAUCAGGUCCCAAGAUGGUGGCAGUGAGGAACUACCACGGCACACCAGCACCUCCAGGGAAGACGCCACUCUGUUUUCAAACAGGAGACUUUAUCGAGCUGCUGAAGGGAGACCCCGACACGGCGUGGUGGGAGGGAAAGCUGAUACAAACACAAAAAAGUGGCUUCUUCCCCAGUUCAUGUGUAAAGCCUUGUUUGGACCCAAAGCCCUUUCAGUCAUUAUCUAGCCGGCAAUCCUCAAGGGAAGCAGAUUACUAUGGAUAUCCUUGGUUUGCAGGGAACAUGGAGCGCCAGCAGGCCGACAACCUCUUAAAAUCCCACAGCAGCGGGACUUACCUUAUCAGAGAGAGGACAGCUGAGGCAGAGAGGUUCGCCAUCAGCAUCAAAUUCAAUGAUGAAGUCAAACACAUUAAAGUCAUUGAAAAAGACAGCUGGAUUCACAUCACUGAGGCCAAGAAGUUUGAGAGUCUUUUGGAGCUGGUGGAGUACUAUCAGUCCCAUUCACUGAAAGAGAGCUUCAAGUUGUUAGAUACCACAUUGCGAUACCCCUACAAGUCGAGAGAACGCUCGCUAACACGGGCCAGUACGCGAUCACCAGCAGCCACCUGCGCUUCCUACAACUUCUCCUUCCUCAGUCCACAAGGCCUCAACUUCUCUUCUCAGAGCUCAGCUCCCUUUUGGUCAGUGUUUACUCCUAGGGUGGUCAGCACAGCAGUGGCCAGGUAUAACUUUGCAGCGCGAGACAUGAGGGAGCUUUCGCUGCGAGAGGGAGACAUCGUCAAAAUCUACAGCAAGAUCGGUGGAGACCAGGGCUGGUGGAAAGGAGAGGCCAAUGGACGAAUUGGAUGGUUUCCCUCAACCUACGUGGACGAAGAAGGAGUGCAGUAAGGCUGUGGGUGUUUUCUGGCCUGACUCCCUUUAAAUCAGGAACCAUCUUCUAUCUACUGUUCUCAGAGAAAAUUACUCACUCUCUCCAGGAAAAUAACACAAGGAAAAAAAAGGACUUUUUUUUGUUGUUGUUGUUUUUGCUGGAUGCUCUUUUUUUUUCAGCAAGUGUUUCUACCCCGUUUCUCUAUCUUCAAUUAUGCAUCAGCUUUGUUUUUGUUUGUUUUGGGGGUUUUUAGACGGAUGUCCUGUUUAAUUUGUGUACAGGAAAGAAGAAGAAGUGGCGUGCUGUCUGCCAGACUCUGUGUGCACUGCAGAGGCUUUACUGAACUGAGGACACAGCAGAAACUGACUAUGGAUAGCUUUACUUUGGAAAAAAAAGGGCCCCCCUUUGGUUGCAGGUCUAUGUGAGGUGAAAUAAUUGUACAGUAUAGAUAAUUUAUUGAAUAGAGAUUAUUAUCAUGACUAAUGAUUAUUGUGGGGAAGUUGAUUUUAGCAGCAGCAAAGAAUCAGCUGAGGAAAGACUAAAAUAAGAAAAAGAAAAAAAAAAAAGACAGACGAUCUGUUUUCAUGUUGAGAGAUUUUGCCUUAGUUGUCAUGGUGAUGCCUUGUGGGCUGACACCAGUGGAGGGAAUCGACUUUGAGGACUGGUUUUACUUCUCCAUGUGUGCAUGUGCCCAUGUGCGGCCCACACAAAUACACACACAGACCAAUGUACAGUACGGUGCCUUUGAAGAAUGGUCGUUGCUUACCGAACCUCAACAUCAGCCAGUAAAGAACAUUGCCACCCCCUUCUCAACAGACAGUUCGUCCACAUCCAGAGGAGGGGAGAGGCACUUACACAGCAUACUGGGGACAGCUCACCUUCUGAGUCCUCAGAAAACAAGAUGGUGACGCAUUUAACCCAUCCUAAAUUGAGACUGGAUGGACCCGCAGAGACAAGUUGGAGGGUUUUUAUAGCCAACAACAAUCACAUACACAGUUCACAUCAGUCUUGGCAUCAGGAGUCAUCGGGUGUCAUCAGCUGGAUGCGAAAGGGAACAUCAAGACAUUCCACUCGACAACCACUUCACACUUUUAAAUCUUGGUGUUUGAUGUUCUAUUGUUUGAUUUUUUUUUUUUUUUUUUUU